AUGGUAACAAUGGGCACAACAAAGAUGGAAGAGAUGAUGGAAGCAGGGGUUCGUGGUGAUACUGAUGGUGAUGGUGGGCAUGCAAGUUUUUUUGGAAAGGGAAGAAGGGGCGAUUGUGAUGGUUUUGGUGAUGGCAUUGAUAGUGGAGGUGAUGGGCUUGGUGGUCUUGUUGUGCCGAUGAAAAUCGUGAGGGUGUUGAUGGUAACAAUACAUGGUGAUAGUGGGUGUGUGAGUUGCCGAAGGGAGAAAGGGGGCAAUGAUGAUAGCCAUGGUGAUGGUGUUAAUGGCGAAGGCGAUGGGGUGGUGAUGAAAGUGCAAGUGGGGGAAAGAGGGCACGAUGAUGAACGUGGUAAUGGUGGUGAUGGUAUUAAUGGUAGUGGUGAUGGUGGUGGUGAUAGUUAUGGUAACGACAGCAUGUCGCUUGUCAGAGAGGGAGGUUGA